UAGAAUAUUGUGAUCGACUGUUCUUCUUAAUUUGAUUAGCCAAAUAUGAAUAAUGUCUGGUGGUGUUAAACGGGACAGCAAGAAACGUGAAUAUUGAAUCUCGUCACUUGCACUCCAUCUUAUGCUCCUGUCCCUCUUCCUCUAAAAUUUUGCUCUUAUGAUUUCGCAUUUUGCUUAUUUCAUAACUGAUAGUGACUUCUAGGUUUCCAUAGCGACGGCCAUGGCCUCCCACGGCAACCGUCCAGCCAAGCCCCAGAAGAUCUACAACUGUCCUCACUGCACCUAUCAGUCAGAAUGGAGGGCCACAUUUAGACACCAUCUCAGCUUUCACACACGGAAGGCCAAGGACAUCGAGGGUGCCGUGGCGUGCCCGUACUGCCCAUUUAAAACCAGUAAUAUGGCCAAUCUUAACCGCCAUACUGCUCGUCACACGGGUCUGAGGAAUUUUGAAAGCCCCAAUGGUGCAGGCGUCUCACUGAAAAAGUGUCAGCACUGCAGUUAUGUGGGCUCAUCUAAAACAAAGACUAUGAGGAAGCACAUAGAGCUCCAUCUAGUGAGCAAGGGCAAAGUGAAGUUUAAGGGGAAGUUGAGCUGUAGUUACUGCCCUUUCAGUACUGACCAUCAGCACUCCAUGAGUAAUCACUUACAGCAUCAUCCCGAGUACACGGGACACAAGAUCGUACAGCCAGUGACAGCAUCCUCAGUGGCCAGUAAACUUGUCGAAAAAGCUGUGAGAGUUCAACGAGCCUCCUCGUCAUCAAGAACCAAGGUGAGACCGCAGUCUUCCAUCAAAGUGGAGCGCACAGCUUUAGAAGCAGAGGGGGCUAAAGUAGCGGCAGGGAAAAGCACAGAACUUGGACCCCCUGUCGUGAAGGCUCGGCGUAUAGUGUUGAGGUGUGAUCAGUGUCCAUACAAGUGUCGCAGCAAGAAGAACAUGUGUCGUCAUAUGGAAUUUCACAUGCAUGCGUCCCAGUUUGAAUGUGCCUUCUGUACAUACAGUUGUAAGACUUACAACUUUCUAGCUAUGCAUAUGAAAGUGCAUUAUAUAGGCAAAGGUGGCAAGAUACUUUAUCCAAAGACUUCUUUAAUGCAGAAUGGACAGUGUAGGGGAAGGGGCCUGGAUGAAUCUGGAGUAAGAGGGAAGGAAAAUGGCCCCCUGAGACCCGUAAGGGAGUUGGAGUUGAAGAAGAAGAAAAGGAUGCUUGCUCCACUGAGUAAAUAUCAUUGUGAUCUGUGCCCCUUUGCAACCAAGGAAGCCUCCCUUUUUGUGAUGCAUCAAGACUUCCAUAGAAAACCAGCCAAUCAUCAGUGCCCUUACUGCACCUAUAAGGUAGCCAAGCUGCAGAAUCUGACCAAUCACAUCAACUUACACUUUGACUGGAAAAAAUUCAGGAAUACAAAAGACAUGCAGAUUGCUGCCAAGUUUGAAUACGAUCUCAGUGAGUUCACUGCUCCUGCGAAAUUGACAGGAAGCAGUCGAGCACAAAAAGUGAGAAAGACCUGUCGUUUCUGUGGUCGCCUUGGUGAUGGUAUUGACAUGAAUCAACAUGAAAGGCAGCAUUUGAUUGGUUGCUCUUACCUGUGGGCGCCUCCAUGCCAUGACGACAAAGAGGACACUGAUCGUGACGGGGAAUGACCCGAAUUAAAAUGGGUUUUUUUAGGAAAUUUUUUUGUUACGGUUAGUUUUACAGCAAGUGAGAUGAUAAGGGAUUUCUUUUUACUGUUCUUCAAAAAUCACAUUUAACCCCAGAUUUCCCCAUAGACUCAUACAUUUAACUCAUAACAAUAUGAAAAUAUAGCAUGGCAUCGUUAUAUUAUCAAUUUGAAUAGUAAGACUUUUAUUGGAGUUGUAUUGUAUAUAGUGGAUUUGUUAAAGUUGACCUUGCUGUAAACAUCUUUUCAUUUAUACAGGUAUUCUAUAAAGUUUUUAUAUGAUAAAAUGAAUACAAAAUUUCUAUAUAUCUUUAGUCAUCUUAUUGUUCAUUAAAUAAAAUGAAUGUAUUAUUUGUUUAUUUUAAAUUAUUGAACAUUUUAGCUGCCAAGAACGUAAAGAGUUACUAUGUAUGUAUAUAUACGCAAUUUACAUUUUUAAAAGUUGUAUUUUAUAUUCAGUGGUGUGAACUAGGUUGUAGAGAGCAGUGGAAAUUUUAGCUUUAUUCUGACAGCCUCAGUAUUAGGGAAUGCUUUUAAUGGCUGAAUUGAGUAAUUAUAGUUUAAAAGUAUUUCAGAGUAUUAUCCUAUUCCACGCUCGGCCUGUUAGUUGCAAUCAAAAACCGAUUUGGAGUUCCUCUUACACUUCUGGAUUUUUUUCACCUUUCUUAUGUGUUCAGUUGAGUAAAAAAUAAGUAGAAAAUAUGAUACCAGCAUUUAAAAAAUUGUCUACUAUCACAUGUUGCAGUGUAAUACAAGGUUACCGCAGCUUGGAUAAAAAUAUUUUGAUAAAUAGAUUCACUGAGGUGGACUGGACAUAUUUUUCUUUGUUUUGACAAAUAUUACUGGCCACAUGGCUGCUGCACUUAUAUGUUUGAUGUGCAGCAUACAGUACAGAAUUCUAUCAUUCAGUGCUUAUGACAAAUAACUAUUGAAUUUUUAUCCUAUUUUGGGAAUUUUUCCACUUGUUUUGGUUCUAGUCCUUAGAGUUGUACUACCUGUGCAAUAUUUCUAGUGAAUUCAAUAAUUAAAAUAAUAAUGAGUUGUAUCCAACUUUUUCUGUCUACUGUUGUUGACCGAAAGACAAAUUUUCCAUUCAUAUUUCACUUGUUGGGCCUGAGAAGUUUUCUGCAGUUGCUUUUAUGUUUAAAUAUUGUACAAUCUUGCAAUUUGUCACAAAUAUAUCAUGGUGCUUAUUUAACUACUUAAUUUGCAAUCCUUUGUUAAGGAAAAUUUCCUUGUUUUUGUAUAUUAUCUGAGUUUAAGUGAUAUGGAAUUGAAUUUGAUUAAUAUUUUUAAGAUUGUGACUUUGUAAAAAUGCAGCAAUGAGGAAAGGUUCAUACCUAAUAUUGAGUCUGACCCUCAACAAUUGAUAUUUUUAGAAUUAUUAAAAUAUUAAUUUUUAUGAAAAUGGUUCUUUUAAGAUUGUAGUAAAAUAAAUCUGACUUUGUAAAUUGCAUUAUCAAAAAUAAGAGCCCCAUUAUUUCUUAAUUAAUAAAUGAAUACUAAGGUUAAUUGAACUAACAGUUUCAUUAAUGUAACUGAUGACUGGUGAUAAUGAAAUAAUAGUUUGAUGUUGAUGGGUAGUUGAAUUUAUUGCUCAUCUAUUGUUUAGGUUUAUUUGGAAUGAAAAUUGGAAGAUAAUUCAGUAACACAAUAAGUCGUAGCUUUUUAACACAAUAGGUCUUAGAGUGCAUUCCCAUAGAUUUAGAUCGAUCCAUCUAGAUUGUCCUAACUCCCUGGGGGUUCAUGCUAAAUUGA